AUGGGUUUCAAAUCAAAACCGCUCUACGAGCGGACGUAUCCAUCCAACGUCUUUGGAGACAUUCCAGGUGUUCCCGUAGGUUCCACAUUCGAGAACCGACUUUACCUUCACCAUACGGCUGUCCAUGCGAACAUCCAAGCGGGUAUAAACGGGAGCAAAGACGAGGGGUGCUACAGUGUCGUGCUAUCGGGCGGGUACGAGGAUGACAAGGAUGAAGGGGACCGUUUUACAUACACUGGAUGUGGAGGUCGCGACAAGGCGGAUGGUGAGAAGCCCAGAGACGGGCCUCAAACCUGCGAUCAAACCUUCGACAACUCCAGAAACCAGUCACUCCGCCUCUCUGCGCACAAUAAGAGACCAGUACGCGUAAUCAGGGGUUACAACUCGGACUCGGACUACGCGCCUCUUGAAGGCUUCCGCUAUGAUGGACUGUACGAGGUAGAGCAGGCAUGGAUGGCCACAGGCAAGAGCGGUUUCAAAGUGUGCAAGUUUAUCCUCAGUCGCCUACCCAACCAACGCCCCAUCCCGCGCCGAUUCCAACCAAUACCCCUCGACGUUGAUCUAUCUCAAUGGGAGGAGCCCCAACACUUCUGGGGCAACUGCGCCGGACCUGAUCACAGUGGCUCCGGUCAGCGUGACGGACCCCGCUUGCCUAGGCUGAACGAAAGGAGGAAGGCACAGGAGCGCACCAAUGCCAGCGCAGGCCCGUCCCGUCCACCCGCGCUCGUUCAGAGACCACCGCCCUCGCCGAUACCCCCCACGACGAACAGCGCCCUUGCCCGCGCACGGCACACGGCUGCCCAGGCACAGACAUCGACGGACGCCCCAGUGUUCAGCGUCGAUGAUAUCCUCGCGGAGUGGUCUGCGCCAAGGGGUGUGCACCGCCCUCCGGCUCCGACUCAGGCCCCGAGUGCUGCCUACAAAUCGAGUGCGUCUGCUUCGUCUCAUCUCCCACCCCGUUUGAAUGGAAGUCUUCUGCACAACGCGACCGGACCCCCGCGACGUCCCUUUGUGACCUUGCCUGGGGCCGCGGCACAUCCACUUGCGGCCGAGACCAGCCUUCCGCGAUCACCGGGUCCGGUGCCUGUUGUCCGCCGUACGCGACCUGCGGAUACGGUUGUGGAUGACAACGACUUUAAGGCACUGAAACGCGCAAAAGUUGCCCCGGGCCUGGACGUGGAAGGGAGUCCGACUAAGAGCCCACUGCAGCGCGCGUGUUCGAGACCUCCAUUGACGACCCAGUCCUUAAAACAAGAGAAGUCUACGAGCGUACCACGGUCGGGCGGAGACGAGUCCUCUGUUAUCGACUUGACAUUUUCUGACGAGGAAGACGUGUGGAUAAUUGAUUGA